AACAGAGAAAUGUUAGGAAAACGUCGAACUAACAGAAAGUCAGAUCGAGAAAACUUUAUGGUGUCGGUUGCUUUUCGUUUCGUGUCGUGUACUUGUAUUGUAUGAACAGAAAGUUGAAAAUGAUCAUAAAUCUCAUCCAGAGUUCUGUUUUGAUUCCCUCGUUACAUCUGAGAUCCAGUGCGAUUCAAUAUUCCAUUUAACUGCAGAGUGAAACGUGUGUGCCCACUCUGCCCCUCUAAGCCGAUGUGCGUGUGUAUGUAUGCAUACACGACAAUGUAUGCACAUACAUAUGUCUGCAUAUACAUACGAAAUUGAAAUUAUGCAAAAUGUGCAAUAUAAUGCGAAGCCAGGUUAAGGAGCAGUGCUUCAAACAAGAUAUUUAUGAAAAUGUAACUGUUACGUAUAUGUGCGAAUUCCCUUGUUCUUAUCCUGUGCUUAAACCGUCGAACGAAACUGUGUCCGAUGUUCUGAGAGCUUAAUGCAACUUGGUGAGCUACGGUAUCCGGCAAGCUCGAAACUAUUACCAAAACAGGAUCGAAAACGCGACAUUGGCAUGCUUUUAGCGCAUCUGGCACUUAACACACUUGACGAAAGUAAUUUGAUUGGAGCUAGGAAUCUAGAAAUAGUAUACGAAGGAUUGUUUUUGAUGCUAUUGGAAAUGAUCGAUUGCAACCGUAGAUUUUCUCCUAAAUGGACGAUUUAUAAAUAGGAGAUGCAAGUGGAAAGGAAAAACAUCCCACUGAUAAGUAGUUCCUUCACUUACGCGCCUACAGUAGCUUCAUUAAUCUUAGGAAUAGUUCCAAUACAAGCAGCCAGAUCUUUUGCUGCCUUACAGGAUUUAAUCAGCGUUUUGCAGGCUUUCAAAUUUUCACUGACUGAUCAAUCCACAGUGCAGAGGGCAGCGAAACCCGUUAGCACUGUAAUGGCAUCAAAUGUGGAUGAAAGCUUGGCCCCGUCAGAUGGAACAGUGCCGACAUUGACGCCAUCAACUCCAUACCUUACAAAUUCAGAAAAAAGCCACAAUGACGAACCAGACAAGUAUGUCUCUGGCCUGCCUAAUAGUCGCAAACGCCUGAAGCUGUCCAAUCUUGAACUAAGCAGCAGCCAGGGAGAUGAUGUGUGCAAUCCAAUCAAUGACCCUGACUUGGUCCCAAACGCAAGAAAGUCAGAGAACAAGCCAAAUGAAAUGGAAAAGCACCUGCCAAGCCACUGCAAUAUCGUCGUUGAGGGGUCAUUAUCCGUGGAUAGCUCAGAGAAGAAAAGUCCAGAGAAAAUGGUGCCAUUCGAUAACGACUGUUACGUGCCCCCAGAGCAGGCAUUGGUCACUAGCGUGGAGCUAGUAGUUCCAGCUCCUCAGACCUCUUCGUCAAGCAUAGCGGACAGGCAGUCCGAGGAGCCAAGGCAAGGCUCCCUGGGAGAAUCGUCGGCAGCAUCGUCAUCGACCGUUGAUGCCAAACUGCAGUACAGUACGGCUGGUCUGUACAACUCUAGUAGUUCCACAAGUAUAUUAGCAAACAAUAAAAUCGAUGGUUGUGUAAAUGACUCUUCCAAUUUGAACAUAAGAAUUCCUACUAAGUUAGCAGUAACGACAGAAACGGGUGAUAUUUUGCUGGAUGAUAGAAGGACUUCCUUAUGGACGCCUCACCAUGACCAGUCUGGGCAGUCUGGGCAGUCUGGGCAGUCCCAGUCCCAGUCCCAGCAGCACACAGAGUCAGCGUCCAGUGAGAGUAAACAAGAAUAUGUGAAUGCUACCCCGGAACUGUCAUACCAGCAUCAGCAUCGUCACUCGGAACUUUUGCUUCAAAUCGAGAAGGAAAGCUCUGGAGCGGGUGUAUUUUUGCAAGCGAUUCCAAUGCCAUUGCAGCACCACCACGACAAUGCGACGCAGGAGCAAUAUGGCCAGACAGAAACGCCUUCUGCCAUGGAUAGCCAGUUGCAUAAUAAUUUUUAUACACAGAUGAUUCAGCAGCAGCAUCUUCCACAAAACCACCAUCAGCAAAGCAUGCAUGAACACAGUCCUCGACAUCAGCAGCAUGCAAGUUACUCCAGCUAUAUCUCUCACUAUCAGAAUUCUCCCUUGUUUGGCACACAUCAAAGUGAUCACCACCAACGUCAGCACCAACAGCAUCAAAAUGCCAUGGAGUGCCAUGGGCAUUUACAUCAACCGGCCCUUAUUUCACAGCAACACCAACACCAUUUGCAGCAUGAACAGCAGCAAAUUCACCAAAACCAACAUCAAUCGACACAGCAACAACAGCCAUUGCGCGAAACGUACCAUGAUCUUAUUAUGGAUGAUUUUCACGAAGAACCCAGCGCAGCAUUCAAAUUAACGCUCUCCCCUAGCACUGCAAAACCUGAAAAUCAAGAUGAUGGGUAUGAGACUAGUGCCGGCGACGUUUUAACCCCGAACUCUCAUAGUUCGUCCGCCCACUCGGUUACGCCUCAACAUCAAAUGCAACACCCUAACAUCGUGCUUAUGUCGCAGAACCAGAAGAAGCCUGAUGAGCUGAUAUUGGCAAAGAAUCCUCUGACUGGUGAAGCCCACACUGACCCCAAUGUAUCUUCAUCCAGCGGCAACCAAGUGCAGGUCUCCGCCUCCCAGACGCAAAUCGAGCUGAGUGGGGGCUCGCGUUGCCCCAGUCAUGCCUCUGUUGUCGAUCCCUACAGUUUCAUGGGUGAGGAAAUGCGCAUGCACUCGGCAGCCCAUCGCCACAUGGACACUGUGAGUACUGGAACGACGGGCUACGCGUCAGUACCAUCGUCAAAUGGUACUCCAGAGUGCAUACCCGGAGGAAUGUACCAACACCCUCAGCACAGUACAAUUAUUUUGGAGCAAACUGAUAACGCUCAAUGCGGCUUGCAUCCCAAGCCAACGCCAAAGAAAAGAGGGCGCAAAAAAAAGUUGGUUGCCGACAAUACUGAAACCACGCAAUUAUCAACACCAACGACUCAACAGGACACAUCUGGCGGAACUUCAGUCUGCGAAGACGGUGCUGGUGAUCUAUUGCAAGCCAUGAAACCCAAGGAACGCAAAAAGCAUGACCGGUUCAAUGGAAUGUCCGAGGAGGAAGUGAUUAAACGGACAAUUCCAGAUCAUCUGUGUGAUAAUCUUGAUAUCGUUAUAGUCGGAAUAAAUCCUGGCUUGUUUGCCGCAUACAAGGGUCAUCACUAUGCAGGGCCAGGUAACCACUUCUGGAAGUGUCUUUACUUGGCGGGCCUCACACAGGAGCAGAUGAGUGCCGACGAAGAUCACAAACUGCUAAAGCAGGGAAUCGGAUUUACUAACAUGGUGGCGCGAGCCACAAAGGGAUCAGCCGACCUAACAAGAAAGGAGAUAAAGGAGGGCAGUCGAAUCUUACUGGAAAAGCUACAGAGGUUUCGUCCAAAAGUAGCCGUUUUCAAUGGAAAACUAAUAUUCGAGGUGUUUUCAGGAAAAAAGGAAUUUCAUUUUGGUCGCCAACCUGAUCGCGUCGAUGGCACCGACACCUAUAUUUGGGUGAUGCCCUCAUCAUCAGCACGUUGUGCGCAACUGCCCCGUGCUGCCGACAAAGUGCCGUUUUAUGCGGCCCUGAAAAAGUUUCGCGACUUUCUAAACGGGCAGAUACCGCACAUUGAUGAGUCGGAGUGCGUCUUUACUGACCAGCGCAUCCGGCAGUGUAGCGAGCAACAUCAGACGGAAGCCAGCGGAAAUAUUAAGCAAACACACCAAUCUUCCAUGGGCGAUCACCACGCGGGUCUAGCUUUCGUUGGUAACUGUGGUCCAAGCGCAGGGGCUGCGGAGUGUGGAAAUGAUAUUUCUGUCGCCGAGGAUUCCGAUCAAGUUCAAUCAGACAAAAUGAUGCCUCACAUGAAUGCCAGUGCGGCACCAUCUAGUAACUGCACUGAUCGGGGAUCCUUUCCCUAUGCGGGUGACGAUAGACCCAUGAUAACCACAUCCAAUCAGAAUCCCACCCCGAAUGAAAGUACUUACUUGUCUGUGUUUGGUGCGCAGCAGUCUCUGCCACAGCAGCCACUAGAGAAGAAAAAACGAGGCCGUCCAAAGAAGAUAAAGGGUCAAGAUAUGAUUGAUCAUACCGCAGGCAGCAAACUCACCAUAGGCGGACAGCAUAUGCCCCAUCACGACUUCAACAAUAUUCUCAACCUGUCGGUAAUCUCUGGCGGUAGCAGCAUUGAGACUCCGAAAAAAAAGCGGGGCCGGCCAAAGAAACUGAAACCCGCUAUUGACAACAUGAUGACAGUCAAACCGCUUCAACACGGCAACUCUAAUCCAAGCACUGGAGCAGGGUUGUCAGUAAGCUCAAUGCAUCCACUCUCCAUGGAGCACAUAGCAGCGUCCCCCCAGAGCAAUCAUCAAAUGCCGCCUAGUUUGUACAACACCCCGCCACCGUCGCACCUUUUGUACACGGCGUCGGCAUCUCCGAUGGCGUCCCCCGCCCUCAAUUGCAAUUACACCCAAGUGCAUGGCCAUGGAACUCCGCCGGUAGGGCAACCAAAUUCCGUUGCUCAGGGCACAUCACCCAACAUCGAUCCGCAGAUCGAACACUUGUCACCGCAGAAAAAAAAUCAGCAUGGGAACCUGGAGGUCGGGCUAGACAUGCGGGAUCAACCUCACUUGGGUGAAACACCUCCUCCGAGCUCGCCAAACAUGUGCACCGCCGUCGAUUUUGAACCACCAGACGAGCACUCCAGUUCCCAGGUGCGUCCAGGGGAGCACACUAAAGCGCCUGAAUUGGGCCAACAGCAACCGCAACCGCAAUUAACGGAUAAAGACCAGUAUGAUAGUCCGGCGCACGAUGCCGAGGUGAAUUCAGCUCAUCCUCACGAACACUACCAACAGUGGCUAUCACCGCAUCCCCAUCAAAGCCACCAACCAGCGCAGAGUCUGACACAACAGCACCUGCAUCACCCCAUGCAGCAUUUCCAUCAGGAGCAGGCGGAGAACUGGCAGCGCUACGAGGAGCCGAAUUCGAAUCCCUACAUGCUGAUUUCCGCACACCACCAGCAUCUGGGCCCACGCUUGGGAAAUCAAAUCCAUCAGAAUUCUUCUCAAACAGGUCUCAUCGGGUCAGAUGUGGCUCGUAAAAGCUUGUGCGGCCUCGAGUCGCUGGUGGAUCAAAUACCAGCAAUAAGGGAGCACGAGUGCAGCAACCUAUCUUCGGCGACAGCAGCGGCUGCUGCGGCUGCUGUUGAGAGUCGUUUGUUGGGUUUGCAGCACCAGCAUCAACAACAGCAACAUCAGCAACAACAGCAACAUCAGCAACAACAGCAACAUCAGCAACAACAGCAACAACAGCAACAUCAGCAGCAACAACAGCAACAUCAGCAGCAACAACAGCAGCAACAACAGCAACAGCAACAUCAGCAGCAGCACCUACAACAACAACAACAACAACAACAGCAACCAAAACGUUGUAAUCAAGAGAGUCCGGUGCAGGCGGAAGCAUGUAGACCUACAAGAGAGAACAGCAAUGUGAGCAACAACAAUUUUUCGGUAAGCAGUCUGGCUGCUUCCGCAUCGACUGUAAGAAGUGACAACGAUGCUAUAUAUGGAAACAGUGGCGAAAAUCGAGGCAACAGCGAAAGCGGCAACAGUAACAACAACUGUAGCAACAGCAUCGAAUAUCCCAUUCACAGCCACAGCCCGUCCGGUUAUCCUCAUCACGCCUCUCAUCUGAUCGGUAGCGCCCUUGGGGUAACUAUGGGGAACUCGGAGCCGAAUCCCCAUUCGCUGCCCCAUCCUCUGCCGCCUCCGCACUCACAUCCGCAUCCAAUGUAUAUGGAUCAAGCACACCACGUGGCACAUAUCCCCCCCGUAAAUGUGAACUCAAUGUACGGUCCACCUGCAUAUGGAUCACAUCCACAGCAUAACACUGGAGAGUAUGCUGCUGCACACGGCCACUAUAGUCUCGGCAGUGCCGCUCAGUCGACUGUGCCAGCUAGCACAGCGACUUUGCAUGUGCCGAGCCCCAAUUAUCCGUUUGGACACAAUCCAUAUAGUCACACCCCGCCGCAGGCGAAUUACCCAAGCUAUACUCAUCCACAUACUCACCACCAUUCACACCAUAGUCAUCCCUCGCAUCACUUGAGCGUAUUUGAUCACCUGAAGCCGUCCGACAUAGGUGGGUACGGCAGUUUUUGAUUAAAGAAACAGCAAGAUGAUCCACACCAACCGAUAACGUAAUCAGAAUCAGAAUCGGAACGAUCCGAAUACAGCGACUUGAUGUGAAUGUAAAUCGUUAACUCUUACGAUUUCGCGUCCCGCCGCAUCUCAGCAAUAUUUAUCAAUCUCCGGCUUUGCCGAUACUAAUUUAAGGAAUUUUUAGAUCUUAUAUAUACAAUAAGAUAACCAAAGACUCCGCCUAAAAUACUUAUUUAAGCGUUACUUUCUUAAAUUAUAAACUACUACAUAUGAUAAUGUUUACUUAAAUUAUAUACGUAACUUACAGGAAAAUCGAUAUCGAAAUAUUUUUUUGUACUUAAUAUCAAUUAUUUUAAACUUACUUUAUUUUACUCCCACAUAAAUAUUGCAUAACUUACUCGUAAAUAAUAAAGUUUCAAAACAAUAUUCAAACGGACCCAGGCUUAAAUCUGUGGCCCACAUAGCACUUUA